AUGUCACGUAGUUCAACAAAAUCAAAUGCCAAAACAUUACAGCCUAAAAAAUCGUCCUCAUCGCCAUUGAGUAAGAUAAAGUUUCAUUCAAUCUCAAAGCGUCGACAGAGUGGACAGAAUUUGAAUAUGAAUGAAAAAUUUCAGCUCAUUAAGAAGCACGGUACGUCAUCGUCAUCAUUUAUUGGAAGUGACGAUUACGAUUACAUUAAUUACGGUACAAAUACGGAUAAAUCAAGUUGCAGUGGCGGUAAGUCAUCGUCAUUGAAGAAAUAUUUCCUCAAAUUUGCUGGUGAUAAAGUCGACUCGAACAGCCUUGAGGCAAAAAAUUUAUUUCAUCUUAAGCGACAUCAUUAUCCAACACGGAUGACUGGAACGAAGGCAUCAAUUAGCGAUGAUAAUGAUUUUGAUGUUUUGGAUUUUUAA